UUCUGAUUGGUUGGUGAUGAUGCGGACGUCGCUAUCCAAGAUGGCGGCUACCAUGGUGGAACAUGUUGUCGUAGACGCAGCAGGAUUUUUGAAGAAAGCACUUCUUCAGGAAAUCGGGAAGAAUAUCUACACGCUGAAGGAUGUAGUAGAGGAAAUUAGAGACAAGCCAACCCGGAGGAGCCUGUCGUUCCUACCAUAUCAACUCAACUUCAGAGAGCCGUACCCAGAGGACAUCAGAUUAGUGACUGAGUUCUCCAAGAAGACGGGAGACUACCCCAGCCUUUCUGCCACAGACAUCAAGGUGUUGGCUCUGACAUACCAGUUGGAGAGGGAAAACGUUGGGACGGACCACCUGAAGAAAGAACCUGAGGUCAAGGUCCAGGUGUGCAGUACAAGGAGACAUCCAGAGGCUCCCGUUGGCGUGGCAGGGUUCCACUUCCCUCAAAGGCCAGCUGAUGGGCUGUUUAGUGGCAGACAGAGGCCAGCAGCACAGACACAGCACAGCUAUAACCCCCCAGAGAUCGGAGAGUACAACAGCUUCCAGUUCUGGAGGAAUCCUCUGCCCUGCUUCGACACUGACCUGCUGGAACUAGUGAACAUUGAGGACCUGUCAAUAUCAGACAGUGGAGCAGCAGACACCGUCCACACAGAACCUGAGACCGGGUCAGAGGAACACAAACACUCAAAGAAUCAUUCAGAGGAGCACGGCAGUGGGUCGGAGGAGGAGGAGGAUGAGGAGGAGGAUGGCGGCGGUUGGAUCACCCCUAGCAACAUUAAACAGGUCCAGAUGGAGACGGGGAUCUGGGCGUCGCCUGUGGACGUUAAAGUGGCGUGUCUCACCACCGACUUCGCUAUGCAGAACGUCCUGAUUCAGAUCGGGCUCCAUGUCCUCUCUGUGAAUGGGAUGCUCAUCAAACAGUCCAGGAAUUACAUCCUGCGAUGCCACGCCUGUUUUAAGACCACCACCAACAUGACUAAGGUUUUCUGUCCACACUGUGGCAACAGAACGCUGAAGAAGAUAGCCGUGACUGUCAGCGAGGACGGAAACAUCCAGAUGCAUUUCUCAAAGAACCCCAAAGUGCUCAACCCCAAAGGAAACAGGGUAAGUGGAUGAAAUGGGACCAGACCCACAUCAUACUGGGGUAGGAAACAUCUUCCACCCCAAAGGAAACAGGGUAAGUGGAUGAAAUGGUACCAGACCCAGACUACAAUGAAACAUCAUACUGUAGAAGGAAACAUC